AAAUAAAGCAAGGGCAACAUGGGGGGGCAGUGAUAGUUUUAGGAGGGCUGGUGAAGGAGAUUUCACUCAGGUAUUCCUCAGGACUCCCCUCCUCCACACCUCCCCAGAUGACUGCUCCAAGAUAAGCCUCUUAAGUGAAUCUGACCUUGGGGGUUCCAGAGGUCCUCUAGGCCUAGGGACUUGGACUUCAGCAAUUCUGGAGUCAGUUGCCCCAGUCUGCACCCCACCCGUGGAGACCUCUGACCCAGAGCAGGCUGUAGUCAAAGUGGACAAAGGGCUGUUGCUUAAGAUGGGGGGGGGGGGGGGAAUUGUCCCAGUUGGCAGAGCUGCUUCUCCCAGCCCUCUGCCCUGAGUCUCAGACACAUGCACAGCUUUGAAUGCGACAGCCUGGGUGCCAGCAUGCAGGAAAGGCACUGUGCUCCGUGUCUCUGUGGCAAGCAGAUGAGUGUGUGAAACUGCUAAAGAGUGAUGUUCAUUGAGUGCUUACAAUGUCCCAGGCUAAGUGUUUUGCAUCUAGUUAGAUAUUUAAUCCCUACACCACCCUUAUGAGGUGGCUGCUAUCAUUUGCCCAAUCUUAGAAAUUAGGAAAUUGAAGAACAAAUUGCCAAAAGUUCUUGCUCAGUGUUGCCCAGCUAGAAAGUGGCAGAGCCUGGAUUCAAACCCAGGCAGCCCAGUCCCUGGGCCCACACUUGUCAUUAUAUUGUGUGUGGAUGCACCCAUGAAUCACACAUGCCCACGGGCAUAUGUAAAUGCCCACUAGGAGCACACGUGUGUGAUUCUGGUGCGUGUAUGAGGGGGUACAACAUAUUAUAUAGGUAUGUGAGCUCAGCACUCUGAUAAGCCCAGGUUCAAAUCUCACUUCUAACAUUAGCUAGGGUUGGGACAGACCAGGACUGUCACACUGUUGGGCCUUAGUUUGUUCAUCUGUGUGAUGGGGAUAACUUUUUCCACCCAUCUGGUUAUCCUUGCUAAGCAAAUCACCCUCAAAAUCUGUGCUGUAAAACACUGUACUCACUUACCUCACAGUUUGCAAAGGCCAUGAAUUCACAAGGGUUCACCUGGGCGGUUCUGAUUCAGGGUCAAAGGAUAGAAGUAGAACAGAGGAGUCUGGAACGAGCACCUCUCUCCCUUUCAGUAACCUCAGGGUGUCUCCACAGGGCCUCCCUAUCUGGACUAGCUUGAGUUUCCCCCAGUACGGUGGCCUCAGGACAAUGGGGCUGCUACAGGGUGGCUGAAGUCAUCAAGAGUGAUGGUGGCCACCAUGAGAGACCUGGGGAAGAAGGGGACACUGGAGGAAGCUGCCGGGGAGGCUCUGGGUCAGACCCUCACUGUGGCUCAACUGGACGUGUGCAGCGACGAGUCAGUAGCCCAGUGUCUCAGCUGCAUCCGGGGAGGAGAAGUGGACGUGCUGGUGAAUAAUGCUGGAGUGGGCCUGGUGGGGCCCCUGGAGGGGCUCAGCCUCACUAGCAUGCAGAAAGUCUUUGACACCAACUUUUUCGGAGCUGUUCGUCUGGUCAAAGCUGUGCUUCCUGGCAUGAAGAGAAGGCGACAGGGCCACAUCGUGGUGGUCAGCAGUGUCAUGGGGCUGCAGGGUGUCGUGUUCAAUGACGUCUAUGCCGCCUCCAAGUUUGCCCUGGAAGGAUUCUUCGAGAGUCUGGCGGUCCAGCUGCUCCAGUUCGACAUCUUCGUCUCCCUGGUGGAACCCGGCCCAGUGGCCACCGACUUCGAAGGGAAGCUCCUGGAGCAGGUGUCCGCAGCCGAGCCCCCCGGCGCCGACCCUGACACCCUGCACUACUUCCGGGAUCUCUACCUCCCUGCUUCCAGAGAGCUCUUUCGCUCCCUCGGGCAGAGCCCAGAGGACGUGGCUCAGGGCUCCACCCCACAGGUUAUUGUCAAGGUCAUCAGCUCGGCCAGCCCGCCCCUGCGCAGACAGACCAACGCCCGCUACUCUCCACUGACUGCGCUCAAAGCCGCGGACCCCUCCGGCAGCCUGUACGUGCGAACCGCCCACCGCCUGCUCUUUCGCUGGCCACGCCUCCUCGGCCUCGGCCUCCGCUGCCUGGCCUGCGGCUGCCUCCGCUCUCGGGUUUGGCCCCGGUGAGCCUCACCCACCCGUCCUCACUGCCGAACAGCCAGCCAGACCUCUUCAGUCCACACCCAGACCAGAGGUCAUACAGACCAUUCAUUCAUUCAUUCAUUCAAUAAAUGCUGCCUGACCAGCUCUGUACCUGGGUGUUGCUCAGCCACCAGGCGCAGGCCCCUCCGUGGUCAGCACUGGGGCAGAGAGGAGGAAGGGGCAUUGCCAUGGACAUUGAAGGGUGAGACAGACGGUCCCUUGGCCUGGGAAUACAGGAAUGAUCCAAACACGUCCACCCCCCCCCACCCCCGCCCACCCCAGUCCAUGCAUAGAGCCGGGUUGACUGGGGGUCUCUGGACCUCUCUGGUCACACACGCUCCGUCACAACACGUGCAUGUGCUCACACAUGAACACAUUUUUCAUAAAAUGUAGAUUUGUAACCACUAACAGUAGCUACAUUAAAUAUUUCACAAAGCUGGUGAGAAUGUAUAAAACAGUGUCACGUCUAUGGAAAACAUUAUGAAAACCGACACGGAAUUAUGAUAUGAUCCAGCAUUCAUUUCUGGGUGUCAUCCGAAAGAAUUAAAACCAGAAUCUCCAAGAGA